UGAAUUGUUGGACUUUUAUUUGCAAAAACCACCUCCAUGCAACACCACCUACUUUAAACAUCUCUAGCUUUCUUUCUCUCCGGAAUCCAAAACUUUCCGGUGAUUACUUUACUCGAGUGUUCAGUCAUUUAGUGGUCACAUCACCAUUUCUAUGGAGAUUUGAUGAAUUUUCUUGGACCAUUAUUGUUAAUUCCUUUUAGCUCUCUCUUUCUCUCGGUAAGGAAAAACUGAUCUAGCUGGGGAAUUUUGAUCUUGGCAUGAUGGGAUUUUGCAUCUGUCCACUGGAGACUCCGGCGAGGUUGCUUUGGACUACCAGCUUCUUUCGCCACAAACUGAUGCUUUUCUAAUUUACCUUGUAUACCUACAUAUAUAACCUAUAUAUAAACACACGCAAGCGUUCUGUUAGUUUUCUUUUGUGUCCCACUCACCGGUGAAAUUUCGAUUGCAAAAGUUGCCGGCAAGCAUUCCGAUAGUGAAGAUGGAGUCUGGACGGCUUUUCUUUAAUCCCUCUGGUUGCAGCGGGAACAUGUUAUUCCUUGGGAAUCUCGAUCCUGUUUUCCGAGGUCCAAGAUCAUCAAUGUUGAACCUGGAAGAUACCUCCAGGAAGAGACCAUUUUUCAUGAGCUCGCCGGAGGACUUGUUCGACGAAGAAUAUUAUGAAGAACAGUUGCCGGAGAAGAAGCGCCGCCUCACUCAGGAGCAGGUGGAUCUGCUGGAGAAGAGUUUUGAGGCAGAGAACAAGCUGGAGCCUGAUCGAAAGACUCAGCUGGCCAAGAAGCUGGGAUUACAGCCCAGGCAAGUGGCUGUGUGGUUCCAGAACCGCAGGGCUCGAUGGAAGACCAAGCAACUUGAGAGAGACUAUGAUCUUCUCAAAGCUUCUUAUGAUUCCCUUCUCUCUGAUUACGAUGCUGCUGUUAAGCAAAAUGAAAGGCUUAAAUCUGAGGUCGUUUCUUUGACUGAGAAGCUGGAAGCCAAAGACAUGACCGGAGAACCGCAGCAAAAAUCCGACUCCCUUACGGCAGAUAUAGCCAGCGGAUUUAGCCCUCAAAUGGGUGUGAAGGCUGAGGACCACCUGAGUUCAGGAAGCACUAGAAGUGCAGUGGUGGAUGAAGGCAGUCCACAGCUUUUGGACAGUGAGGAUUCAUUCUUUGAGAAUAAUAACUGUGGAGAAUGUAUAAUCGGAGGCCCUGUUGAUUUUCUGCAAUCAGAAGAGGAUGAUGGAGGGAGCGAUGACGGCCGAAGCUACUUCUCCGAUGUGUUUGUGACGGCCGGAGAGCAGCAGGAGGAUGAACAGCCCUUGGAAUGGUGGGUGUGGUCAUAACAAGGAGCUUCAUUAAACUUCACAUUUUAAUAUUGCACCGAGAUAGUUGUAAUGCUAUAUUUCCAGGAGCUGCCAACUUGGAAUACAUUAUUAUAUACAGUAUGGGUGAGAACUGAGAAGGAUUAAAUUAAUGAAUAAAAAUUUCAGGUGUUGAAUUA